AUGGGUAUCUCACGAGACUCUCGCCACAAGCGCUCCGCCUCCGGUGCCAAGCGUGCCUACUACAGGAAGAAGCGCGCUUUCGAGCUUGGCCGCCAGCCAGCGCAGACCCGUAUCGGCGCCAAGCGCAUCCACACCGUCCGCACCCGCGGCGGCAACCACAAGUACCGUGCCCUGCGUCUGGACUCUGGUAACUUCGCGUGGGCCUCGGAGGGCACCACCCGCAAGACCCGUGUCAUCGCCGUCGCGUACCAUCCGUCCAACAACGAGCUCGUCCGUACCAACACCCUCACCAAGUCCGCCGUCGUCCAGAUCGACGCCGCCCCCUUCCGUCAGUGGUACGAGGCCCACUACGGCCAGCCCCUCGGCCGUAGGCGCCAGGCCAAGCAGGGCAAGGAGGAGGAGCCCGUGAAGAAGUCCAAGUCCAUCGAGAAGAAGCAGGCCGCCCGCCUCGCUGCCCACGGCAAGGUCGAGGCCGCCAUCGAGAAGCAGUUCGAGGCCGGUCGUCUGUACGCCGUCAUCGCCAGCCGUCCCGGCCAGUCCGGCCGCGCUGACGGUUACAUCCUGGAGGGUGAGGAGCUCGCCUUCUACCAGCGCAAGCUCCACAAGUAG